AUGGACGGGGCCGGGGGGCCCGGUGAGGGCCCGGCUCAGGAGGCCCUGCAGUCCUUGAGCCGGCGGCUUCAGGUGCAGGAGAAGGAGAUGGAGCUGGUGAAGGCAGCCUUGGCAGAAGCUCUUCGCCUGCUGCGGCUGCAGGCGCCCCCCACCUCCUUGCAGGACCCUGGCACCCUGGGCCCUCCGAGGGACAGCAGUCCCGCAGCCCCCCCAGGACUGCCACCCACAUGCAGCCCCUCCUUGGUGAGUCGAGGCACCCAGACGGAAGCAGAGGUGGAGGUGGAACCAUCCCCUGGCCCCCCCGGGCUGAGCAACGGGCCCCCAGCUCCUCCGGGGGGCAGUGAAGAACCUAGUGGGACCCAGUCUGAAGGAGGGGGCAGCAGCAGCAGUGGCACGGGCUCCCCUGGCCCCCCGGGGAUCCUCAGGCUGGCUCAGCCCCCGCAGCGCACUGACACGCCCCGGAGAAAUUCUUCCUCCUCAUCCCCCUCAGAACGGCCUCGCCAGAAACUCUCCCGGAAGGCAGCUUCCUCGGCCAACCUGUUAUUGCGGUCAGGGAGCACAGAGAGCCGUGGGGGAAAAGACCCCCUCUCCAGCCCGGGGGGUCCUGGCUCUCGGAGGAGCAAUUACAAUUUAGAAGGCAUCUCAGUGAAGAUGUUCCUCCGAGGCCGCCCCAUUACCAUGUACAUCCCGUCUGGCAUCCGCAGCCUGGAGGAGCUGCCCAGCGGCCCGCCCCCGGAGACCCUCAGCCUUGACUGGGUGUAUGGGUACCGGGGUCGUGACUCGCGCUCUAAUCUGUUCGUGCUGCGCUCUGGGGAGGUGGUCUACUUUAUCGCCUGUGUGGUGGUGCUGUACCGGCCCGGGGGAGGCCCCGGGGGCCCUGGAGGUGGCGGCCAGAGACAUUACCGGGGGCACACGGACUGCGUUCGAUGCCUGGCUGUUCACCCUGAUGGUGUGCGUGUAGCCUCAGGACAGACAGCCGGCGUGGAUAAAGAUGGAAAGCCCCUGCAGCCUGUGGUUCACGUCUGGGACUCCGAGACGCUGCUGAAGCUGCAGGAGAUUGGACUGGGGGCCUUCGAGCGGGGUGUGGGGGCCCUGGCCUUUUCAGUUGCGGAUCAGGGCGCUUUCCUCUGUGUGGUGGAUGAUUCCAACGAGCACAUGCUGUCGGUGUGGGACUGCAGCCGGGGCACGAAGCUGGCUGAGAUCAAGAGUACAAAUGACUCAGUCCUCGCCGUUGGCUUCAACCCUCGUGACAGCAGCAGCAUCGUCACCAGUGGGAAAUCCCACGUCCACUUCUGGAACUGGAAUGGUGGAACAGGGAUUCCUGGGAACGGGACCCUCACCAGGAAACAGGGUGUCUUUGGGAAAUACAAGAAGCCCAAGUUUAUCCCCUGCUUCGUGUUCCUCCCGGAUGGAGACAUUCUCACUGGGGACUCAGAGGGGAACAUCCUCACCUGGGGGCGGAGCCUCUCGGAUUCCAGGACCCCAGGCAGGGGCGGGGCCAAAGAGACCUAUGGGAUUGUGGCCCAGGCCCACGCUCAUGAAGGUUCCAUCUUCGCCCUGUGUCUCCGGCGGGACGGGACCGUGCUGAGUGGUGGUGGGCGGGACCGCCGGCUGGUCCAGUGGGGGCCUGGGUUGGUGGCCCUUCAGGAGGCGGAGAUUCCUGAGCACUUCGGGGCCGUGAGGGCCAUUGCAGAGGGGCCUGGCUCUGAGCUGCUGGUGGGCACCACGAAGAACGCGUUGCUGCGGGGAGAUUUGGCCCAGGGCUUCUCCCCUGUAAUCCAGGGUCACACGGAUGAGCUCUGGGGGCUCUGCACACAUCCCUUCCAGAACCGUUUCCUCACCUGUGGCCAUGACCGGCAGCUCUGCCUCUGGGAUGGGGAGGGCCAUGCGCUGGCCUGGAGCAUCGACCUCAAGGAGACUGGUCUCUGUGCUGACUUCCACCCCAGUGGGGCAGUUGUGGCCGUAGGACUGAACACAGGGAGGUGGCUGGUUUUGGACACAGAGACCAGAGAGAUCGUGUCUGACAUCACCGAUGGCAAUGAGCAGCUCUCAGUGGUUCGGUACAGCCCAGAUGGGUUGUACCUGGCCAUCGGUUCCCAUGACAACAUGAUCUACAUCUAUAGCGUUUCCAGUGAUGGUGCCAAGUCCAGCCGUUUUGGCCGCUGUGUGGGUCACUCCAGCUUCAUCACUCACCUUGACUGGUCCAAGGAUGGGAACUUCAUCAUGUCCAAUUCUGGGGACUAUGAGAUCCUUUACUGGGACGUGGCUGGAGGCUGUAAGCUGCUGAGGAAUCGCUAUGAGAGCCGAGACCGGGAGUGGGCCACCUACACCUGCGUUCUGGGCUUCCAUGUCUACGGCGUGUGGCCAGAUGGCUCGGAUGGAACCGACAUCAACUCCCUGUGCCGCUCCCACAACGAGCGCGUCGUGGCCGUUGCCGAUGACUUCUGCAAAGUGCACCUCUUCCAGUACCCGUGCGCGCGCGCCAAGGCGCCGAGCCUUGUGUACGGUGGUCACGGCAGCCACGUGACCAGCGUCCGGUUCACGCACGACGACUCGCACCUCAUCUCGCUGGGCGGCAAGGACGCCAGCAUCUUCCAGUGGCGAGUGUUGGGCGCUGGGGGCACGGGGCCGGUGCCCACCACGCCCUCUCGAACCCCCUCCCUGUCCCCUGCCUCCUCUCUUGACGUCUGA